AUCUCCGACCUGUUCAAGGACGUGCGAGAUGGGCCCAAGAGCGUCAAGUUUCCCGAGAAGAUGCUCAAGGUCCUGGAGAACAAGCUGCAGAACAUCGCUAUGGGCAAAGAUCCGACAUACUCGGACCAGCUCGUGCGCCGCACCAUGGCCAAAUUCUAUACCCAGUUCAUGGUCGACAGCUUCAAGCGUCAAAUGAAGGAGAACCGCAAGAUCGAAGAGCUUAUCCUCAUGUUCGCGACCCACGCAACAGGCGUCCUCAAGAAGGAGCCGACGCUCGCAGGUGACGGCUGGAAGAUCGAACUCAACAAGCAGAUUGCGCAAUUUGUGCAUCUCCUCCAUAGCUGCCUGAAGAACCUAAACCAUGUAUCCCCUGAGCUACUCUCCCGGCUAGAAAUGUACACGGCGAAACUGGCCCCUGCUGCAUCCGUACCCUCCACGGACUCUGGAUACGACUCGGGGUCGCAGCGCGAUUCGUACGUUGCGCCCGGCAUCAGCCAAAGCGUCGGCGAUAUGGACCUUGUGAAGACAGUAGCGUCCGUAUUCAAGGUGCCAGAAUCUGCUGUUCAGAAAGAGGUCGACAAGCUCCGAAGUAUCUGCACGGAGAAGGCUGCUCUCACCGACCUGAAGACGUGCUUGAAGAACAUCAAUGCUGGUGCUCCAUUCCCAGGCCGCGAAGAGGACUUCGCCAGCGAGGCGGCAUGGCAUCACUGGCGAACCCUCGAGACCUCGCACAUCCAGCAACUCAUGGUCGCCAUGGUCCAAUUCAACCCCGAACUCGCGAAAUCUACCCCCUCCGAGGUCCUCCAAACAACGCGACCCGGCUCCGUGUACACAGAUUCUCGCCAAGCCUCCGUCGGCAGCCGAAGAUCCCUCUACGCGCUCGAGCAGCAAGAAGGAUCUUACGAUGACCUCGGUGCCGACGAUGACGAUGAUAUCCAGGUCGGGCACAACUUCACAUACAUCCCGCCCAAUCCGAAGAAGUACUACAAGAAGCUGCUCGAGACAUGCCUUAUGGCGGACCUUGAACGCAUGAUGAGCCCGGAGGUGGACGAUAAUGACGAGGUGUCGCUAGGGAUUCUGUCCGCGCCGCAUAUCGAGCUCAUCAACGAGUGCGCGCUACGGUGGCGGAUUGGGCAGCCGUAUCGGGUGGCGUGCUUUUUGGACUUGGUGCGGCAGUUGUACGAGCGGAAUGAUAUACCCAUGGAGUGUGUACCAGAGGCGCUGCAGAACGUACAGCGAGUAAUGCACGAGAUCGAGUUCGAGAAGUGGCCAUUGCAGGACAUGGAAUACCUCACCAGCGUCUACGGAAGCCUUUUCAACAUCUUCCUGUCGUCCGUCUACCACGCAAUGGACGCUCUUCCCGACCUGAAGAAGUCCGAUAUUGCCCCUUUCAUCGCCGUGCUCGAGCAGCUACAGGAGAGCGGGCUCCUCGAACGCUUCGAGGUCGACGUGAAUGCGCGGAUGGAGGACAUCCGAGAUCGUGUGCGACAAGCCUCGCAGGAUUACUACACGUACAAGAUGGCAGAGUUCCACAAAGAGCCUGGUGUCAACCGCGCACUGCCAUUAUUGCUGAUGACGGACGAUAUCGAGAAGCACGCGAAGUUACUGGACAAGCGGUUCCCAGAGCCAAUAUUAGGGCAACUCGACCUUGUGUCGCUCGUCGUCGGCGAACUGAUACCCAUGUUCGUGGGCGAGUUGCAGCAGAACCAGAAGUACCUAUUCGAGGCAUCGAUGAACGGGCCAACACCGGACGUACCUAUCCAGGACAUCUUCGCGCUUUACAGAAGAACGAAGAUGUUGUUGGGCAUGUACAAGGCUUUCGUACCACAAGGUCAAAUCAGCUUUGACUUGGCAAACUUCUUCGAGCCCUAUGUUCGGCAAUGGCUUGCGAACACGGACGCGAAGACGAGCCAAUGGGUGGAGGCUGCCAUCGCUCAGGAUAAGGCGAGUGCAUACACAGAAGGGCAUAGCUCCUCAAUCGUGGAUCUCUUCGACUCCUUGCGCAGUCCUAUAGACUUCUUGCAGGAUCUCGAAUGGGAAGACGAGUACCAGAAUGCGAGAUUCUUCACCGCAUUGUCCAAGACCGUUUCGAAGGCCGUAGAACAGUACUGCCGCAGUGUCGAAGCGCUCUUCCUCACCGAAAUGUUCCCUCGCCCUAACGACUACCUCCAACCGCAAAAGUCCUCCGCCUGGCUCGAAAAAGCGCGCCAGCUCGCCAUCCAGGGCGAGAAGCGCGUCGAGCCGUACAACUUCCAGCCGCAGUCCUGCGUCAAGCUCAACAACAUCGAGGCCGCGCGCCGGCUGUUGGACAAGAUGUACGACCAGAUGCAGGCGGACAACGUCGCGGACACGCUGCGCGAGCUUGCGCCGCCGGUGCCGGAGAAGACGGAGCGCGAGCGGUUCCUGUUCACGGUGAAGGUGGUGAUUGCGGAGGGGCUGGUGCCGCUGGAUAGCAGCCCGUCGUCGAAGCUGGACACGUUCGUAACGUUGAGCGAUGAGGCGGGCAACCGGGUGGCAAAGACGAGGACGAUCUAUGAGAGCUUGAACCCGCGGUGGGACGAGACUUUCGAUAUUUCGGUCGACAAAGCGCUGUGGCUCAUGGUCAGUGUUCGCGACCGGGCACUCGUUGGGAAGCACGACACCAUAGGCCGCGCAUACCUCUGCUUGGAUCCUCGGCGGUUCGGCGACUUCCUCGCGCACGACCUCUGGAUGGAUCUCGACUCGCAAGGCCGAAUCCUCGUCCGCGUCAGUAUGGAAGGCGAGAAGGACGAUAUCCAGUUCUACUUCGGCCGUGCUUUCCGUUCGUUGAAGCGUGCCGAGGCAGACAUGUUGAGGAUAUUCAUCGACAAGAUGUCUCCCUUCAUCCGCCAAUGCCUCUCACGGAACGUGCUCAGGACACUGAUCAAGGGCAACUCCACCCUCGACUACAACAAGGCCCUCGGCAACGUCACCGCGCUCUACCGCUCCGCCAUCGGCUCUUCAUCCAACGAGCCGCAGAUCCCCCUCCCUCAGUCCGAGAAGCCGCGCAUACGGCCCGAGGACCUCACGGACGUCGAGAUCGAGCAAGCGAUCCUCCCGCUGUUCGACUACUUCGAUGCGAACCUGCAGACGCUGAACACGUACCUGAGCGACACGGCGAAGGAGAUGGUGAUGACGCGCGUGUGGAAGGAGGUGCUGACGGUGAUCGAGGGCCUGCUGAUCCCGCCGCUGUCGGAUGCGACGAGCGAUAUGAAGCCGUUGAGCGACAAGGAGGUGGAUAUCGUGUUCAAAUGGUUGAAGUUCUUGCGUGACUACUUCUACGCGGGCGGCGAGGGUCCGGUGCCACUGGAAGAGCUGCAGAACCAGAAGUACCACAGCAUCGUGUCGAUCCGGCUGUACUACGACUGGCAUAGCGACGCGCUCAUGGAGGAGUGCGUGCGCAUGAUGUCGCAGAGCCUGCGCUCGUCGGGCACGAUGAAGAAGAAAGCCAAGAGCGUGUACAACCAGCGUAACCUCGGCACGAUUAAGGAGCGCAAGAAGGAGAAGCGGUCGGAGAAGGAGAUCAACAACGGGGAGGUCAUCAUGCGAAUAUUGCGGAUGCGACCCGGCACCUCCGACUUCAUCGCCCAGCAGCUGCAGAUCAUGCACAUGCAGGCCGAGCAGGAGCAGCAGCGGCAGGCGUCGAAGGCGCACCGGCUGAACCGGCCCUCGCAGAGCCAGCGGUCGAACCGCCUGAGCGCGAUCCCGCCCGUGCCGUCGCCGGUGGCGGAGUGAUCUGCGCAGUCUUGCCUGCUAACACCUGCUCUCGCCAGCUUGCGUGUCCCCCUGCUUGCCGAUGAUUGGGUGACUGUGUUGGUGGCGAAGAGUACACGCUUGACGGGCGCGCGUACUCGCUUGACGGGCGCGUAUUCUAACUUGACGAGCCUAUAUACCUUCUAAUUUGGUUUGGAUACCGCUUUCUGCUGCUGUUCUUCUUUGCUGCUCCGUUCGAGUUACUCAGUUAGGUCCUGCUCUGUUCGAGUUACUAGGUCCGGGGACAAUGUACUUUAUACCACAUGAACUCUUUUCUCUCGUCUC